AUGGCGUCCUCAGUCGACCGAUUCCGUCUGGCUCUGCUGUAUAAAUCAUGGUCCCAGCGCUCUAUUCCUAGCUCGGAUCAGUUGUUCAACUCCGUGUGUAAUCCAAGGUUUCCUAUUGAGAUAUACACGGAAAUGUUUCCAAGACGUAACAUUAUCCACACAGAAUUUAAUGUAACUCAGGACAGUGGAGAGACACAUACCUCUCUGCCCCUGAAACUGCAGAAGUCCCCAAGUGGAGAAACUGUGCAGGACAGAGUAGAGUACCAGCAGGAGAAAGCAGAUUCUGGCGCUGAGGAACAGUGGAUGAUCAUAAACACAGCUGAUGAAGACUUUACUCUGACUGGAUUGGAGUCUGGAAAGCAGUACUUGAUCCGCUACAGGAUAGUGAGUAAAGUGGGAGUGAGUGAAGCCAGUGUCACUAUACCGUCUUCAGACAUGGCUCCCAAGACCAGGAACGACUUCCUUCAAUAUUCCCAUCAGCUCACUCUGGACCUGAACACAGCGAAUAAACACCUCUGUCUGUCUGAGGGGAACAGAGUGAUUACUGGCAAUUUCACAGAGCUUCAGUCGUAUCCUGAUCAUCCAGACAGAUUUGAUUGUUAUGAGCAGGUGUUGUGUAGUGAGAGUUUGUGUGAACAACGCUCUUACUGGGAGAUUGAGUGGCGUGGUGGUGUGUCUAUAUCAGUGUCAUAUAAGAGCAUCAGCAGGAAGGGAUGGGGUGAUAAGUGUGGGUUUGGAUUUAAUGAUCAGUCCUGGAGUUUGGACUGCACUCCCUCCGGUUACUCAUUCAUACACAAUAACAAAGAGACUAAACUCCCUGUAGUGUCCAGUCGUAGAAUAGGAGUGUAUGUGGAUCACAGUGCAGGAACUCUGUCCUUCUACAGCGUCAACAGAGACACAAUGAGCCUCAUCCACACAGUGAAGACCACAUUCACUCAACCACUCUAUCCUGGGUUUUAUGUUUUUCUUGGAUCAUCAGUGAAACUGUGUUGAUGAAUCAGAAUAGACUGUUGAGAGAUUCUACCCAUAAUUCUUUGAGCUGCAUGAUAAAUCAGUAUCAGUGAUAUGUUAUAAAGUCUCUUAUUUUCUCUUCAUUGCAUUAAUAAUACAGCUGAACUUCUGUCACUGAAAUAUCAGGUCAGAAUUACUGUAUAAUAAAUCCUCAUAUAGACAUCA